AUGGAGGAUGAAUUAGCCCAAGCACUUGUAUAUUACUUCAAUCUACCGCCUGAGGCAAGAGUGCUGCCUCAGAAGUAUCGUGGCACAGACUAUCACAAGUUCUUCAAGAGUGAAUGCUACAGAGUAGUAAACAACAAACUAUAUAGGUCAAUACAAACAGAUGCCAAACAUGGGGAUACACAGAGUAGCACUAGAGAGUAUAGAGAGGUGUUGUUGAUGUCUAGUUAUGAGAAGGUGAUGCAUGAUGCUCACUACCUUGGUGAAGGUGGCAGACAUAGAGGUAGAGAUGCAAUGACAAAGCAUCUCAAAGAGAGGUACAAUUGGUUUGGAAUGACCAAGUCUGUGUCAGAGUAUCUUAGUCAUUGUGAUGUGUGUAGUAGUAGGAAGAGACAGAUGACGACGCAGAACACAGCUACAUUGGAGACGGGCGGUGCCAUCACAAACUUGACGGACGACGACAGUGAUCACUCAGAGAGCGAGGAGAGGAUUGAUAGUUGUGACGAGGAGAACACACUCGACUCUCCCGCAGCAGAUCAAAGCAUGCUAUAUAGAUUCCAAACGAUUGGCUCACAAUUACAGAGGGCUGGCAGUUCUCCUCCUCCUCUUCCUACUACUCCUGCUACUCCUGGACAACUCAAGAUUAAUCGAAUCGAAGAGAAUGAGGAGUUGGGAGAAUACUCAGACGACAGACUCAACAACAACAACAACAAACGAAGCAGUACUGGAAGUGGCAAGGGCAAGAGGGAUGGCCAUGUAUUCAGCCACAAUCAAACGGGAUCAUCACCAUCCCAAUCCCCAUCAUCAUCAUUAUCAGAACAUCAACAACACUUCAAGAAGCCUAGGAGCAACUUCACAACCAAGUCACCAACAUCAUCGUCAUCAUCAUCAAUGCAAUCGACUUGGACCAUACCAUCACCAACACAAUCACCUCAAUCUCAGGCGACAAUGUCAAUGUCGUUGCAGCAACGACAUCAAUCAAUCAUUCAAUUACCAGCACCAACCAAACCAUCAUCGAUUUGGACCGCAUCAUCACCAUCACAUUCACAAUCACAUUUACAAUCACAAUCACCAUUACCAUCACCAAUACCAUCAACGCCAACAGGUAUUCACUCACCACCAUCAAUGUCUACAUCUAGACUGUCUCCACAGAGUGGCGACUCAUCGCCAAUCAUGCCAUCAAGUUACCAACAAGUGAUAGAGUACGACGCCAUUGCACCAAUCAAGGCCAGCAUCGAUACAUUUGUCGACGUCAUCGCAAGCAUACAGAACCAACAACAAAAGGACUUGAAGUGGUCCAAGCAGCAGCAGGCCACACUCUCGUGCGACAUCUCUGAGCGACUGGACCGACAGACCAAAGAGCUGAACGACAGGAUCGAUAAGGAGUCCAGACUCCUGCACGACAAGUUGGACAAACACUCCCAGCUGUUGAGUGACAUCCUCCAAGCGCUGCAGGGUGCCACUCCACAGCCUCAACAACUCAACCAUCUUGAAGACAGUAGUGAUCAUUGUGAUGACAGACAGGCGCGCCAAGAUAACGUCAAAUGA